ACGACCUAAACGUCCCGUCCGCGUAUCGCAUUAUCGGCAGGCGUACGACAGUUACCGAACUCACGCGAUCCGUGCCUACUAGUCUACAACUCCGGGGUCCCUGGCAUUCCACCUCGACCGACCCGACGACUUGGAGCUGAUGGCUCUCUCCUGGCGGCUGCUGACGGCCGCGCGACUGGCCGCACGAUCGCGCGACCCGAUACGAUUUUUCUCGGUGAGCUCGUUUCGCUUCGGCAGUGUGGUACCCUUCAAGUUGUCCGAUAUCGGCGAGGGAAUUCGAGACGUCACGAUAAAGGAAUGGUUCGUAAAACCGGGAGACCGGGUGAACCAGUUUGACGAUAUCUGCAUGGUGGAGAGCGACAAGGCCACGGCGAAAAUCACGAGUCGCUACGAUGGUGUUGUGAAGACUAUCCACUACAAGGUAGACGACGUCGCCUUGGUCGGAACGGCGUUGGUUGACAUUGAGCUAGAGGACUCGACGGAGGCUACGAGGGACAACGAGGGAGAAACCGUACAGGGAGGCGCCGAGGACCAAGAGACUGAUAAUUGGGAGACUAAGGAAAGCGAGCUAGACAGAUUGGAAAUGGAGAACAUGUCGGAGAAAGUACCGGCAACCCCGGCGGUGAGGAGGAUAGCCAGAGAGAACAACGUAAAGCUGAAGGAUGUGGUAGCGACUGGCAAGGGGGGGAGGGUGCUCAAAGAGGACAUCCUGGCACAUCUGCAGAAAAUUUCCACGAGUCCAGAGGUUAAAGCGGAAAUUCUGUUGAACGCGAGUGUGACGGGAAGGACGGUCGGCCUCCAGGGAUACCAGAAGUACAUGUGGAAAUCUAUGACGAAAGCUUUGAGCAUACCGCACUUCGUCUACAGCGAUGAGUGCAACGUGGACCAAGUGAUGCGCUACCGAAACGAAGUGAAGGACUCCAUGAUGGAACGCGGCGUCUCUCUGACUCUCUUGCCGUUCUUCAUGAAAGCGGCCUCGCGGGCGUUGGAGCAGUUCCCCGAGUUAAACGCCUGGCUCGACGAGGAGAGUCAGACGCUAUCGGUCCUGGACAAUCACAACUUCGGCGUCGCCAUGGCCACCCCGAGGGGCCUGGUGGUACCGAACAUCAAGAACGUGCAGAAUCUCAACGUUGUCGCGAUCGCGCGGGAGCUCAACAGGCUUCGGGAGUGUGGUAAUAAAGCAUCAAUACCGCUCGCCGAUUUAACCGACACGACCUUUACGUUGUCCAACAUAGGCAUGGUCGGUGGAACGUACACAAAGCCGGUGAUAACGCCGCCGCAGUUGAUAAUCGGUGCAUUCGGGAAGACGCAGAAGUUACCGCGAUUUGACGACAAGGGGAAUGUGUUUCCGGCCAACAUCAUGUCCGUCAGCUGGUCUGCGGAUCAUCGCGUCGUCGACGGCGUAACGGUGGCGAAUUUCUCCAAUUUGUGGAAGCAUUACGUGGAGAAUCCGACGCAUCUGCUGAUCGGUGCGUGAAGCUGCUUUAUACAUGUACACGAGGAUAUUCAAUUCUUACGUUAUUUACAUAACUGAAAAAGAAAAACUCAAGAGCGUUAUUUUGUAUUCAGCUACGGUCUUCAUAAUCUCGUAGUUUUUUUUAUAAUACGCAGGAGGUCUAAGAUGGAUGAAAAAAAAAAGUAUUUAACUUCGUGCAUAAAUCAUGAAGAUUAUAUCGAUUAAAUAUCAUAUCGAAUAUCGGCCAUGCAUACCAUAUCGAGAGUCGAACAUGCAUAUCAUAUCAAAUCACAUUGGUAUUCACUUUUUUAUGUCGAUGUAGAGGUAGAUUUUGCACAUAUAAGCGCAGAAUUUGUACCGCGAGCUACGUAACGUCCAACUUGAAAGUUAUCCAUGGAUUUUUCGAGUUGUCACGUUACCACGAACCUGCCGCGCCGCGAAAAAGCGUUAUUAUCUCGCAGAAACUACCUUUGCGAAAGAGAGUCACGUUCCUUUACAUAGCGAUACGAUUAUUACGUUUUAUACUUUGUCCUAUAUUCGUGUUUACUUUAUCCCGCUCGCAGCGUAUUGCUUCCACUCUGCGUUUCAUUUUAGUACCAGAACGACCGACUUGUAAUUUCAAGACUGUUUAUAAAAUGUUUAUCUACUAUUAUACAGCAAAAUUAUACGCACAGUAAAAUUGUUGCUUUCGUGUGUUUACGUUCAUUCUUCGCAAACGUUGUCUUUGUAUUUAAGACCAGUAUUCAUAGUCGGAUCUUAUAUUCAAGAUUGUCUCAAGAUCAACUUUGAUACUCGGUAUCCAAUGAAAUGUUCCGUACAGUAUCCUUAGGUAAAUUCAAGACGGUCUUGAAUAUAAGAUCCGACUAUAAAUAUCGGCCUAAGACUAAAUAAAAGACUAAAUAAAAGAGAGAUAUAAAACAGUUGUUGUGCGUUACUUAAAACAAAGACUUGGGGCAUGAAACAUUGUCCUAAAAGUUUCGAGAGCAACGAGCGAACGCCGCGAGGGAAACUAAUCGCGCGAGUUUCUACGAGCAGAGACAGCCAUUCUGUUAAGGCUCUUACGCUGCGAAUGUUCUUCGGGAAGCACCACCGGUCUUGUUAAUGUCCUACCUUUCGCACGUCUUACCUCCCUGUCUUUUGUCUUAAAUCUAUCUUAUUACUGACUAAUGCAAUGUUAUAUGCACGCAAUAAGAUAAUUUAAUGAACUGUUGAACUUUAUGAGAGCAAGUUUUGUAAAACUUUUUGUAAAACAAUGAACAAUGUGACAUGACGUAUGCAAACGAAUAAAUGAAAAGGAAGUUUUUACCAGCCU